ACAUCGAAAAAAUAAAACAAGAAGAUAACAGUAAUAUUAAACAAAUUGAACAAGAAUUUUAUGAUAGUAAUUCAAAAUAUAAGAAAAAUAAAAUUGAACAUAAAAAGAUUAUUAUAAUUAUAAAGG